AUGGCCGAGGCGACGAAGCAGUUAGAGGCUCUCACAGCGGCUAUCUCAAGCCUCGUGCAACUUCAACUGAACAAACAGAAAGACGAUUCCGAGGCCUCAUCUCAAUCCCGCGCAUCUUCGCACUCGGAAACGUUCAACCAUCUGAGUGCGCGCGUAGAGAAGUACAACUACGGCUCGGGCGACGAAACUAAGCCGUUCACGAAAUGGCUGCUGCGCCACGAGUACACCGUAGUCACGGAAGCAGCGUGCUUGCCGACCCAAAUGCAAACACGUCUUAUCCUGGAUAAACUCGGGCAAGCGGAGUUCGAUAGGCUCGUGGAUCACGUCGCACCUACGGAUCCGUCGUUUAUGACUACAGAAGUUCUCAUUACGACGCUAAAGGAACUCUUCCGCGACAAGGUUCCCCUCACCCGCCGUCGCAUCGAGAUUCUCAAUUAUCGUUACGAUAGAUCGACGCCGAUCACGGAACAUCUAGAUCGAAUCAACCGGCACGCAGCCGACUUCGACCGUUCCAAUCUGACUGACGAUAAUCUCCACAUACUUCUGCUGUUACAAUCGUUCUGUUUUUCCGCAGAUAACGACGAAUUGAAGAGAAUCGCGCUUCGCGUCGUCGAAAAGAAUCAAGCCGCGUCUCUCAAGGAUGUCGUCGCUGAGCUCGAAGCUCACCUUAACGUCGCUUCGGGACUAAAAACUCUAGAGAACCCGACAAAACAUUCUCAAGUGGCAGUGUUAAACGUUGCGCAUUCUAAAAAUAAGGGCAAAGUGGCGCCCAAACGGAAGUCUCCGUCGGAAACCGACACGUCGAAAGCCCAGCCAUCUUCCGCAACUAAAAAGUGCAACGGCUGUGGCGGUGCUCAUCCACGAGCAAAGUGUCCGUUCCGCGAAGCAGUGUGCCACAAGUGUUCGGGCAAGGGCCACAUCGCAAAGGUAUGUCACUCAAACGGCUCCUCUCAGGAACAACCCGAAUCUUCCGCGAAAGCUAAAAGUGUCGUAGCACAAUCACUUUCCGCGGUCGGUAAACGCAGACGACAUUACGUGAACGUAUUCUUGCUCGGCAAAUCAGUGUCUCUACAAUACGAUACCGGCUCAGACGUCACGGUAAUCGGUAAAAAGGAUUGGAUCCGCAUCGGUUCGCCAGCUCUCGUCGCUAGUCAAACCGACAGUCUCAACUUGUGGACAGUACCGCUAGCCGAGCUACGUCCGAGUAGCUCCGCGUCAGACUUACAGUGUGCAUCUUCGCAGUCAUCACUAAAGUCGUCAAACGUAAAUCUAACCCGCGAACAGCCAUCUAGGCUCGCGAGCAGUGACAAUCACGAAGUCACAUCGCAACAUAACGUUUAUUUAGAGAAUGUCCUCAAACGCUUCCCGGUAUUAUUCUCCAAAGAAUUGGGAAAGUGUCAAAACGACAUUAUCGAGCCUGUGGUAAUCUCCAAAUGGACAUCGCCUAUCGUCAUCGUGAAGAAACGGAAUGGUAAACUCCGUCUAUGCGUGGAUUAUUCCACAGGUGUCAACCAGGCUCUACACGACAACAAGCAUCCCUUCCCUACUGUCGAAAGCAUCAUGGCAAAACUUAACGGAAGUUGUUUUUUCAGCGUGCUGGACCUCAGUGAUGCUUUCUUUCAACUUGAAAUCGACGAAGAACAUCGUGAUAUCACAACUAUCACGACACCGAAGGGGCUUUAUAGGUUUAAACGCCUUCCGUUUGGUAUCAAAACCGCACCGGCAAAUUUCCAACAGGCUAUAGAUUCUACGCUCGCUGGCCUUAAAGGAGUGAAUACUUACAUCGAUGACGUCAUAGUCAGAGGUUCUACUCGCCAGGAGCAUGACGAACGCCUAAGGAAGACUCUCCAACGCCUACAGGAUCAAGGAUGGAGACUGAGUGCCGAAAAAUGCCGCUUCGCACUGGAAGAAAUCAAAUACCUGGGAUUGAUCAUCAACGCACAGGGCAUAUCACCCGAUCCAGACGCUACUACCGCCAUCGCAAACAUGCCUCAACCCACCUCCGUUGCAGAGGUUCAGAGUUUCUUAGGCAUGGUGAACCAUUAUGGUAAAUUCAUCCCCCAUCUACAUCAACUGAAACAUCCGUUGGAAGAUCUUACGCGCAAAAACUGCAAAUGGUCAUGGAAUCAGUCUCAUGAUCUCGCAUUCGACCAAAUCAAAAAGGUCAUGCUCAGCCCUCUUCUUCUGGAACACUACGACCCCGAGAAGACGCUGAUAGUUGCAGCGGACGCGUGCGCCACCGGAAUCGGCGGCGUCCUUAUACAACGAGACUCAAACGGCAAUGAGCGUGCUGUCUAUCAUAUGGCACAAAGCCUCACUGACGCCCAAAGGAAUUACUCCCAGUUAGAAAAAGAGGCCUUGGCGCUCGUCACAGCUGUCGAACAAUUUCGUAAAUUCAUCUGGGGAAGGAAAUUUAUACUCCAAACCGAUCAUAAACCUCUAGUCGCUCUAUUGCAAACGGAAAACACUAAGGGUCUCAAAGCCACCACAGCUGCCAGACUUAAACGUUGGGCACUGCGACUAUUGGGUUACGACUUUGAUAUUGAAUACAUACGCACUCAAGACUUUGGCCAGGCAGACGCCCUAUCUCGCUUGAUUGACGAUUUUCGCCGUGACAACGCAGAGGAACUACAAGUCGCCAGCAUUCAAGCAGUGGAAGCUGAUAUCCUCGAAGUGAAAAAUCUAUCAAUUGAUUUUUUCGGUAAAGAACUCCAUAACAAACUAAAAAACGCUACCAAGGAAGAUCCUCUUCUGCGCUUGGUCUUCCAAGCUAUCCAAAAAGAUUGGAAGAUAAAGGAAAGUUCGGAGUCACUGGAACACUUCAGAAGACGCUCAGAAGAUCUCAGUAUCAUCGACGAUACUCUACUCUUCGGCGAUAGAGUGAUCAUUCCAGAGGCGCUCAAGCCUACAAUUCUAGCAGCUCUUCAUAAAGGCCACCCCGGCAUCAGAAGAACUAAACAGCUAGCUCGAGAAUACGUUUAUUGGCCAAAGAUGUCGGACGACAUAGAAGACCUUGUACGUCAGUGCGACUCGUGCGCGCUGAAUCAGAAGCUCCCAACGAAAGCACCACUGGAACCAUGGCCUCUCCCAUCUCGCCCAAUGGAAAGGGUGCAUAUCGACUACGCAGGUCCAAUCGAUGGACAAUACCUGCUCAUUUUUGUAGAUGCCUACUCUAAGUUUAUAGAUGUGGCGAUCACUCCCACGAUCGCCGCAGCUCGCACAGUCGAUUUGUGCCGCGAGUUUUUCUCCAAGUUCGGUCCUCCAGACGUGCUAGUCUCGGACCAUGGAACGCAAUUUACCUCGAAAUUGUUCGUCGAUUUCUGUAAGGAAAUGCAGACCUCUCACCUGCUGGCAGCGGUUAACCACCCUCAAUCCAAUGGCCAGGCCGAGAGGAUGGUGGACACGGUUAAAAGGGCCAUCGCCAAAGACCCUACUAAUUGGAAAAGGCAGCUACACGAUUUCUUGCAUAGUUAUCGUUACACGCCUUGCUCAGAGUCACCCUUGGGGAAGUCUCCGGCUGAGCUCAUGUUCGGUCCACGCAUGAACUGUCCGCUCACUAAAUGGCUCCCGAAAUCCAAGACUCUCGAACCCGUUCCAGCUGACACCUCUGUCAAGAAACAGCUGGCUCUGACAGAACAGUUCUCGAAGCAUCACGGCGCCCGUCCUCGACAUCUAACAGUGGGGGACCGCGUGGUAGUCCUUUCCCGAAAGGAUAAAAAAGAACAAGGCAUCAUUCAUAGAGUUCUGUCUAAAACCCGCUACUCUAUCCGUCUCGACGAUGGACGAAUCAUUGACCGCCACGUCAACCACAUUUGGAAAGGGGGCUCCGACCCGUCAACCACACCUACAGGCUCCAACCAAGACUGGAUGUUCCUUCAGUCACCCACGCCGGGGUCCCCUCCAAGAGAACUUUCACCUGCUGCGGAGAUCGAUCAGCAUCCGGCCGCAACUCCGGCAGACCAGACCUCAGAGAUCCAGGGCCCGAACUCCCCAGUAAACCAGACGACACCGGUUAGACCCACACGUAAUCGGAUGGCUCCGAGGAGACUAAUCAUGGACCCGUCCGCCAAACGCUAUGCCCUGGGGUAG